CAGCGCUUAGCUUACUUUAUCACUAGUCUUGUAUGUAUUUAUACAAUCGACUUUCAAAUCAGUUCAGUUACUAUCUCACGUCGAUGUGGUUUUUACAAGUUUUGGACAUUUCGAAAUUGUAUAUGAAAUAAAUCCAGUUGAAUAUUAACUUAUAAGAGUAUUAAAACAUUAAAAUUUAUAAAGAAAAGAUGAAUAUUUAUUCAGGCCAUUAUUCUGAUUAUAAAACAAAUUUGAGUACUAUGCUAUAGAAGUGGAAUUAAAAGUUAGUCCAAAAGAAACAGUAAUGAUCAAGUAUGACAGGUUCUUCGAAGAUGGAUACAAACAAAGAAACGGAAGAAUCUAGUAAUGUUCCAAAUAAUGUUGGAAAUUCUGAAAGUCCAGAUUCAAUAGAGGUGGAUAAUUCGCGUACAGUUCUUUUAAAAAUAGCAACAUUAUAUGCAGAACGUCUUAUGAAUGAUAUUUGUCUUGUUGUUAAUGGUAUAGAAUAUCCAGCACAUCGCCUUAUACUUUGUGCUUCAAGUGAUGUUUUCCAAGUAAUGUUAAUGAGUCCUCAGUGGAGUGAGUCACAGGAAAGUAGAGUAACCCUCCAAGAAACGCCACAAUGUGUACCUAUAUUUAGUGAGUUUUUGCGGUACUUUUAUACUGGUCAAAUAAGAAUUAAUUAUGGAGUUGUUCUACCAAUAUUAUCUUUAGCCGAUAAGUAUAAUGUUAAGGAUUUAAUAUCAUUGUGCCUUGAUUAUAUGCAAAAUCAUAUUGCAUUAGCUGCCAUACACGGCACUCUAGUAUCAUGGUUACAGUAUACGUCAAAUUGUGGUCAUCACAAUAUUACUCAAGCAUGUCAAAAUUUUAUUAAGUGGAAUUUGGAAUUGGUGGCCAGAACUGCAGACUUUGGAAAUUUUGAUUUAGAUAUUUUAGUAUCGUUGCUACAUCAAAGUAGUUUAGUGGUAAAGGAUGAAAUGACAUUAUACAAAUGUUUAGAAUCUUGGUUGGAUCAUCAGGCAAAUCGGUUGAAAAGUCAAUUGUCGCACGACGAAUUAGAAGCUACGUUAGAACAAUUGGUAAUAGCUGUGAUGUCUCCUGUUAGAUUUCCAAUGAUGUCUCCUCGACAAUUAGCAGAAUUACUUUUAUUUCCUUUAACGAAAAAAUACAAAGAAUUCUUUGUAGAACGGAUGUCUAUAGGAAUGUCAUUUCAUUCUGGUCAGCUGGAUAAAGUUAAAGAAGUAAGUUUAAACGAAGAAGAUGGUGCAUUACUUUUUGAACCAAGAUUAUACACUAUAGACACCUGUAGUUCAUUACUUACGAUAGAAAAUUUUCAUGGUUUACCCUCUUAUCACACCAGAACGCUCGUAUUUUCAAGUCAUUCGUGUUUAGCAGAGUAUGCUGGUGACCGCGCGUGUGAAUGGGUUGUAGAUAUAUAUCCAAAAGGUGUUUGGUUUAAAAAGUUUUUCUUAAUAGUGUGGCAAGGAACCGUAGAAAUGCCCGAACAUGUGAAACGUUCAGUUAGAUUAUCACUCACCUGUAAGGAUCCAUCUGUAAAUAGUAAUGCUGAUAUGCGUGUAAAAAUAGGUGUUUUAAUAUAUGGUUUACAGGAUGGCGUUGAACAUAUUGCAAGAGUAACAGAAAUUAUUCACAGAUUUAGUAAAAAAGAACGUGUUCUUAAUUUGGACGAUCUUUUACCGUUUGAGGAACUUAACCCGCAGCAGGGUUCCGUCUCGGAAAAUACAUCUCCUUUUCUAGUAGGUCCAAAUAAAGAUAUGCUCAAAUUACAUAUUGUUAUAUCACCAGCUAACUAAGACAGAGAGAUUUCUUGGGUUAUAUAAAAUGAAAUCUUACUACAGACUUUAAAUAUUUUGGACUCAUACGAAGGGUCAUCUUUUUUAAGUUUGUCUUCAACGUAUGUCCUAGAAUUUUUUUCUUUUGAUAAAUUGACAUUUUAAUAUUAGACUAAGAUAAAGUUUUGUAUUUAAAUCGUAAUAUGUAAUAAAAUAUUAAAAGAUUUCAAUGUUCCAUGAAUUUCCAUCACAUUAAUUUUUUCUGGGAAAAUUGUUAAUUACUAUUAAUUAUUCAUUUAGAAUAACAUAAUUUUUAAAGCGGACGUCUGUGUAUGAUAGAAUAUUGUUAAUUUACACUCUGUAUAACAAAAAAUUAAUGAGUUUAUAUUCAUUUUAUUGCAAGAACAAAUGAAAUCGAUAAUCAUCAAUAUUUAAUCCUAUCUGAUUUCGAUUUUUUAAUAUCUUAAGUAUAUUUAGUAAUAUAUUUAAUAUUAAUAUUUCGAUUUUUUAAUAUCUUAAGUAUAUUUAGUAAUAUAUUUAAUAUUAAUAUUAAUAUUUAAUACAUUAUUAUUAUUUAUAUAGAAAUUAAAAUUUUUAACAACUUUUUCCUGUACGUGAAACCUGCGCUCGAUCUUAAUUUCCGAGAUAUUCGCAAAGAACUGUCGAUACCAUUAGAGUGAAUUAUUGUGUCUAUAACUGUGCAUUCGUUGCAAAGUAUGUGUCAAUAUUUGUUGCCGGAUAGAAUAACAUCCAAAUCCAACAAGAAGAUAUGCCAAUAAACUAUAAAAAAUGAUAAGAAUUAGGUUUGUUUUAAGCAGUAACCGAGCGGCGGUUUUAUGUAUAGGAGAAAUGUAUGUAUUGUUAAAAAUUUUAAUUUCUACAACAUUAAAAAAUCCUAAUCAGUGGAAUGAGCGAGAUAUCAAUAUCAACCGAGAUAUUUUUUUGUAAAAAUGUUUUUUUUUUAUCUUUUAUAUAAAUGUAUUGCUUUAUUACGAAAGCUAUCUUAAGAAGGCCAUAGAAAAUAUUUUAAAAUUUUGUGCGUAUUCGAUUCUUUAUUGUAUAUAAAAUCACAUUGAUAUCGUCGAUAUAGUAAAUAUUUGGAGGAUUUUAAUAGUAACUAAAUACAUAACUGAAGGGCAGCGUAGGUUUUAAAUUUCAACAUCAAGAUGAAUUAUGCGCGAUAGUUCUGUUUUACAAAUCUUCAUCGGUCCAAAUGGAUUAACAUUUAUGACAACGAUAAGAAAUAUUUUGUAAUAUUCCAUACAUCGUAAGAGAGAUAAAUUUGUAAUUAUUCAAAAUUAAAAUUGUAUAUUUGCAGUACGUUUUCACAUCACUAUAAUAUAGUGAUAACACACUAAACCACAUGUAAAAUUUUUUUAUUCAGUUAAAUAUAUAUCGUAUGUUUCUUUAA